UAAUUGAAUUUGUCUAUAUUUACAAAGAUUAUUAAUCGUCUAUCAACACCUUUCUAUUAUUUUAAUACCAAACUUCAGACUUUUGUUUUAAUAAGAUUAAUAAAAUUUGUAGUCGUGUAAUUGCAAAUUACAUUGCCGAGUCAAAUGUCGGUAAUGACAAAAUGUGAACGACCUUAUGGGAAAAACGAUUUAAAACAGAUGAUCGAAAGUUGCGGUUGCUGUCCACCAAUGGAUCCACAAUGCCCACCUUGUUCUAUAUCGUACCCGCCUCAACCUGUUUGCUGCUAUGCGUGUCCUACUCCACCAUGCAAAUUGGAAUCAAAACCUAAUUGUUGUCCACCUAUGCCAGUCACCUGCAUGCCAUGUCCGCCUCGACCUUCACUCUUACCUUGCGUCCCACGCCCUUUCGUUUGUCCACCCUGCACAGGUCACCCGUGUAUUACCUGUGCACCUAUACCUAAACCAGUCCCAGCUCCUUAUGAAGCCGGUCCUGUUUUCAGGGCACCUGUUAUUACUGGUGGAUUAUUUUACGUUGGAACAAUCAGGUGUUAUCCGUGUUUAUCAUAUGCUUGUUGAACCAUAUCUCGCCUAUUUUACACCCCAAUCCCAAUCGGUCCUUCGAAUAUAAUUACCUCACGAAUAAAGUAUUUAUUGUUCAGUGUUAAUGAUGUUUGAUCUGAACUUUGUAUUGUAUAUAAAUAUUAGUAUACAUUUCAUAUAUAAAUAAAUAUAAAACAAA